AUGUCCCGCGAACAGCCUACGCUCAUCCCCGAUGUUCUCCUCACCAUCAUGUCGUUCUCUGACGACGUUACCAUCUCGCGUCUCAUGCGGACGACCCGAUAUCUCAACACGGAGGGCGCACGGUACUUGCUCGGCGGCGAUGACGACACCCUCGAGAUAUACGAGGACGACGCCCUCUGCUCGUUGAUAAGCUUCCUCAGCGCCAACGACGGAUACCGACUGCGCCAUCUCCGCGGCCUCUCCUUGCUGAUGGUCCACCCGCACCGUCCUACCGCAGUACUACUCGGCGACUUCCUGGACACCUUCUCCGAGAAGAUUCGCAUCACGACGUUAUGCGUCCUCCAUCUCGAAUCUCUCCUCGAAUGCUCCGCGCGUCUCAGAUACUCCCUAUCGCGGUUGUCGACCCUCAAGUGCGUCGAUUUCGGCGAAGUCGGUCGGCGGGGCUCGCAGAUGCUGAGCAUGUCUCGCUCACAGCUCGUGACUGCGACGAUCGAUUGGACUCGUAACUCGAGACACCCCCGACAACGCUCCUCGGCGCAGACCGUCGCCACUGAGGACGUUCCCGCGCCCCUUUCUACUUCCGUCCACACUUCCACACUGGUUCAUGAAGGCGAUGAGGACGAUCAACGAGAGGAUGUCCCCGACUCGGAUUCAGACUCGGACACGAGUUUGGAAGAUGAUGCCAGCUACGAGGACGAAGACUCCAAGAACCCUGUCCUAGUUCUCAGCAAUUCCCAAUGGACGCUGAAAUCCCUUUCCGCGGACAACGCUUUCAUCCUUGUCGAUGGCGCGCAACAUCACGAAGAGGUGUACCCCCACGUCACAGACCUCUACCUGAAGAACGUCGAAGCCAUCGAGACCGUCGCUUUGGUGGGCGCGUUCCCUCAUCUCCAGAACUUGGAGUACUCUUUCAAGCGUCGCACCGUGGAAGACCUCGCAGACACCGACCGGUUCGAGAGCUGCCGCAUGUUGAACAUCAUCGAGCAGGCGCGCUCGGGCUCGUGGAAGUCACUACAGUCGUGCCGCGCCCUCCUCAGCGAUCUCUUCCUCCUUGCGCCCUCCUGCCCCAUCCGCACGCUCUACAUCAAGGGGCCGACGUUCAUCGUCAAAGCCAUGCGCUCCGUUCUCGGCCGCACCAAACCCGUGCACCUCUCCCUCGAAAGCUUCGACGCCGGCGUCCUGGCGCGGGGCAUCGUCCGCGUCAUGGGCCGCCCCUACACCCUGCAGAUCGAAUGCCUAGAAGCGACGCUCAUCGCCGGCUUCCACGCGGCCUCUCCCGCGGACGUCGACGCCCCCGCGAUCGUCGACGGCCUCGUCGCCGCCGUCGGGAGCCUCCCCGCGCUCCGGGUGCUCGUGGUCAGCGUCUUGUGCUACCUCGCCGCGGACCCCCCGUGCGCGGCCGAGGCGUUCAUGCGCGGGCUCGACCUGGACGCGCUCGCGCGCCGGCUGUGCGCCGCGUGCCCCACCCUGCGGACCGUCGUCGUUCUGCUCAGCGGGGUGCGCGGGCGCGCGAACGAGCGUGUGCGGCGUGGACCGCAGUGCACGGAGUUCGAGCUGUAUGCGGACAGGAUGGGAAAUCCCGGGCACCGGGGUACGGAGGGGGUGGGGUGA